UCGAUGUGCGUGCGUCUUCAACAACAACAAAUUCGAAUCAAUUUCGAACCAAAAAUCAGAAAUUCGAGGUUAGGGUUUCUGGGUUAUUUAGCUUUGCGUUAUAUUGUAGCAGUUCUGAGCUUUCUCCUCCAUUGAAACAACUUCUAAGGUAAUGUUUUUUUAUCAAUGAAGUUUUUUAAUCAAUGAAUAUCAAUUUCGCUAAUUAUUUGUGUUAGUUCUAAUUUCCUUAAUUUCUGUUGAGAAAAUGCUAAAAAAGUUGUAAUAACUUAAUUGGGUCUUUUUUUGUUUUUGUUUUGUGGGUUGUUUAUGGUAGGCAAAAAGAGUUGGAUAUGUUGAUGAAGGUUAAGGAAGUAAAAGGGUGUGUAGGGAAGGGGAGUGAUAAUGAUGAUGAUGGUGUUGAUGGGUCAAUCGAUAGUUCAAAAAUUGAUGACUUUUGUAGGUUUUUUGAGGAUAAUAGGAUUGAUUUGGGUGCCCAAGAGCUGAUUUUAAUAGAGGCUGCAAAUGGGUUGAUGUCAAAAUUGCGGUUUCUGCUUGAACCUCUCAAGUUUGUUACUGAUGAUGGGACCCCAUGGGAGGAGAAAUUUGUUGUUGUUAGAUUGAGUGACAAAAUUAACAAGUCAAAACGCAAUAAGUUGUGGAGGAAGAGGAAGAGACGCCGUGUUGCUGAAUCACUUGCUAAGGAGGAGGAGCAAUUCAAGAAACUUGACCGAGAAGCUGAUGAAUGGAGGGCUAAAGAAAUUGCCAAAUGUUUGGGGUAA